AAAGGGCCCAUUUCGAAUAUUUUCUGAUAAGGACUUAUGUCUGUCACAAAUCGCAUUACCAAACAAAAAAGUAAUAUUCUCAAAAAAUUUGAAGUUUUGAAUCUUUUUGUCUUUUUACACAAAAACAUUCCCCUAAAAUCUCUCUUGUUCUUGACUCACUUCUACUUCAAAUUCUCUCUGUUCUUCAAAAUUCCCUAGCACAAAAUGGGUUGCUGUCUCAGCAAGAAACCUUCUCCUUCUCCUCUUCCCUCUAAUGGUACCUCUUGUACUGUUAAACCCUCAGAUCCCAUUAAACCAGUGAUUAAGCUUUUGGAGGAAGAAACAGAACCAAAAUCUGAGAAACUGAUUCAAGAAGAAGAAGUCUUGGUGAUAAAACACAGAAUAAGCCAUGAAGAGAGUUCCAAGAAGACUGAAUCAGAUAAAGAUUCUCCGGUGGCUGAGAAACCGAAUUCUACACCGGUCGUGAGAAUCUCGAGCUGUACUAAAGAAGAAGUUGAUGCUAUAUUGAUACAAUGUGGGAAGCUAAGUAGAAGCAACUCUGCUGCUAAAACAAGAAGAUACUCUGGUUCAAAGAGAAGUUUUGAUUUUGACCAGAACGAGAGAAUUCGCGGCGGCGAUACGGAGGAGGAGAGAGACGGAAUGGAGCGGAAUCGUCACCGUGGAGUAGAGAGAGUGAAUGGUUCGCCUCGUGAACGGAGAAGACGAACUCCGAGCAGAGAAAGAGAACGAUCGGGAAGCAAAGAAAGAGGAAAUGGCGGUGGCGGUGGUGGUGGUAGUAGGCGAGUGAGUAGAUCUCCGGCGAAACGAUCAGAGGUUCCAAACGCUAAUUCGUGUGGUAGUUCGGUAAAUUCUAGUAAUAGUAGACCGGGAAAGUUUGUUACGAUUCCGGCGAGGGAUAAGAGUAACAAAGUAGAGCCGUUGGUAAAACGAAUUACGGUUAAGAGAAACAUCGGAGACGCUUGUAGAAUUGCAGCGUCUCCGAGAUCGAAGUCUCCGGCAAGAGCGGGGAAUAAUGUUCCGUCGCUAAGCCGGAGUAAUUCAAGAAAGGCGGAGCAAUCACCGUAUAGAAGGAAUCCAUUAGGAGAGAUUGAUCAAAACUCGUCGAAAGCUGGAUCUUGUAACACCAAGAAGAUGAUAGAAUCUGUGAAACCUAAUUCAAGAACAAGUAGAGCUCCAAGCCCAAGUCGUGCCGCGGUUGUAGAACUUACAAAACCUCCUCAAGUUGUAUUAAGCAGAAGCAGAUCGUUAAGGAAAUCGCGAGAUUUCGAUUUGGUAUCAAACGAAGAUAACAAUUACACUGCAUUGUUGUUGAAAGACAUUCAGAAUUUUCAUGGGAAGAGUAUCGAUGAUAACGCGAUUUCGCUGCCUUUAUGUGUUACUAAAGCUUGUUCCAUUGUUGAAGCAGUAGCUGAUCUCAACUCUAUGACCAACAACACUUGUUUGAGCUCUGAUUCGAGCCGGUUUAGAUUCACAUCGACCGCAAAGAAAGCGGAUCUUAUGGAACCGAGUUUUGAGAAGUAUGUGACUGUGAAGAGAGGUGGUUCGUUGGAUGAAUCAUCUGGUAGCAACAAUCUUACGUGACUAGAGUUUCACUUUUAGCAAUAACACAAACUCGUGUUGUUGCGGUUUAAUAAGGAGUAACUGUUGUUUUGUUUGUCUAUUAUAGACAUUUAUAGUUGUUUCGUAUGUUUGGUUUAUUUUGUAAUCAAUUUCAAUGAAUCUUCUUCUCUUCUUCA